CAUAUCACUACGCUCACCCCCUAAUUGGUCAAUUCGUACAUACUCCAUACAAUCCAGUCCAGCUGCCAGUACGCGCACCAGGCGGCGAGCUUGCUCCUCCCGCGAGCCCCCAGGGCCGCUCUUUCUGACGCCAAUUGUCCCCGCGUGACUGGGGCUGAUUAACGUCCGCCGAAUAUCAGGAAGCUUUUAUUACCAUUAUGAUAAGUCACCAACUUACCUACACUUAACUCUCCUGCCCUAUUUGUUUGCCUGGAUCUUGUGUUUCUAGAUUGAGGCUUGCUUUCCGUUCCAAUUCCGGUAGUUAAUCUGGUUGCGGCGUAUCCUCUUUGUCUUUCAGCCUUGGGCUUGGCAGACCACGAGCACCAGCGAUUGUCUUGCCUCGUCCCACCCAAGCCAACCUCGGAGCAUUCGGCAUCAAUCAAUCGCCGCAAGCUUUCCGAGAGGGACGCUUUUCCGCCUGUUCAAGCAUAUCAUAAGCUCCAACUAAAACAAUGCCUCCUCGGAAACAGCAAAAGCUCGCAAAGUCGCAUCGGUCGACUUUGUCGCUCCAGAAGACGGAGGUCGUCAUCCACGUCUACGAUCUCCUUCCCCCGGGCCGUAUAUCAUCAACGCUCUGGUUUCUGGGGACGUCGCUGCUGCACUCGGGUGUCGUCAUCAACGGGAAGGAGUACGCAUACGGCGGGCACGACAGACGAGGGGUGACGGGUGUCUAUUGGACGAGGCCGAAGACGGAGCCGCCUGGAGGCACGUUCAAAUGUGAGAUUUUGCAAGGCUUCACGCUCUCGCCCCAGAGCGAGAUCGACACUAUCAUCCGCGACGCCUCGCAGGAGUUUCUCGGCACAGCCUACAAUCUCCUAACGAAGAACUGCAACCACUUCACUGCAUACUUAUGUAUGAAGUUGACGGGACGUCCCGGCCCCGGAUGGCUAAACCGAGCGGCAAGCAUUGGCGUCGCGCUGCCCUGCGUCGUGCCCCGGGAGUGGAUCGAGGCGCCGGAUUUCGAUACCGCCGACGGCGAGCUCCUAGACGAGGACGACGACCGCGCAGAUGAGAGAUCUAGGAUGUUAAGGUCAUCGAGUGAGCAGCCGCGUCUCGUGGACCAGAAGGCAAAAAAGCCCCGGGGUAGGGCUGCCGAGGAAAUCGACUGGAACAGCGAGGACGAGCGUAGGGGCGGUGGCAACGGUAAGGGCAAGGGAAAGGCUCCAGCUCGCGACUCUGCCGGCAGAAGCCUGCCUGCUGCGGAAAGAGCUCCGACGUCAUGAGGGCAGUAACAUGGUCAUUGGUCAUAUGGGGUUUGAUCUUUUGCAUUGUUCCCGGAGUUCUGGGGAGAAUCCCUCGUGCUUGUUUUGAUACCAAGGGAGUUGGGGUUUAUUUUUGAGGGUAAAAAAUUACCCUUGCUUAAGCGUUUCGUUGGAUUACUUGAUGGUCGUGGUGUGCUUUCCGUGUUUCCUCAGGCCGGUCUAGAUUGAAUUCCACUUGUGCAUACCUAAGUAUUUAUAACUAGGCCAGCCCUGGUUAUGUAUAUUCCAGUCAUAUUUUGGCGAGAAUGGCUUUGAAUCACUAUGUGAUGCCCGGGUACGUGUUUUCACUGUCUCCCUCCCCUGGUUACGCACGACAGUUUCCAG